AUGGCCUGUUUCGAGUCUAUCUCACCUCUGUUCACGCCAUCCCUGUGCAACGUCGUGGCUGUCCGAUGUGCUGCGAACCCAGGAUUUUGGCAUAGCAAUGACUGUGUAACUGCUGCGACAUGCAAUUCAGUUGCAACUGUCUUCGAGGCCGUAUCCUGUGCAUCGCCUGCCGAUCCCAAGAACCAACCAUCUCUAGAUUAUAAUUUAUACGCUGGAAUAGUGGGUGACUGUGAUUGGGCAACAGGACCCGGUUGUCCCAUUACUCCGCAAAAAUAUGUCGAUUUUUACAAUCGGACGCUCAUGAUUGCGGACUCUGCAGUCUUCUCAGACAUGUUCAAGUGUCCCAUACGCGAAUUUCAACGAUUGGCAGGGGAAGCGCCUCACGCUUCAUCACCGGCAAGCAUAGCGCCUCACGCUUCAUCACCGGCAGGCGUAGCGCCUCACACUUCAUCGACAUCACCGGCAGGCUUAAAUGGAGGUCAGCGUGACACCAAAGAGAUCGAAGUGGUACGGGACGUACUUGGAGAUGUCAAUGUUGCGCUUGUAGAAAGUGUCUGGCUCAUCGUAGCUGUCAUGGGAAGUGGGCCUCAGUUUCCGCCUCAAGCAGGCUUGAUCACGACAGUCGCCGGCCUUUACCCAUGGUCUCAUUAUCUACUGCUCUCGGUAGGAGACUGCUUUCUGGAUUGA